CUUAAGUAAAUUAUUUAUUCAUUAUAUUUUCCUGGGUUGGGCUUUGGCCUCUAUUUCAUCUACUUUGUUUAUUUUCAGGAUGCUCUGGGAUAACAUAGUCGAAGUUCUAGUUCUACCUUUGUCACUUACUGGCCAUCUACCCAUAUGAUGCUGAAAAAUAUAUUAUGUAGCACUAAGAUAAAUUCAAUGUACCUGCAUAGUACUAUUCAAAAUACUUGGACAGUAUUAUUGUCAAUAUGUAGCCUAACAGAUAAGAAACCACAAUAAAAAUAGUAAAUCAGUCUCCAAUACCGCCACUCUUCAGUUUGCCUGAAACACAGAUGCGGUUUACGAAGUCUACCAGAGAGGCCUUGAACAUCAAAAACAUCAAGCCAUUGUUAAGUACCUUCAGCCAGGUACCUGCCAGUGAAAAUGAAAAAAAAAAUGUGCCCUUGAUUAAGAUUUCAGAGUUGUUCUAGAAAAAGAAACUAUAAAUCAUUCAUCAUAUGAAAACAUUUUAGCUAUCAUUUCUCUUGCUAUUGGGUGAGUAACUGAAGCUUAAUGGUGAAGAAAACAGGCUGUAGAGCCAGACUGCCUGGGUAUUUGUACCACAUCUACACCUUUUGUAUUGUUGGGAGACGUUUUGGAUUGUCUUCCUUUGGAUCAGUGUGAUAUAAUAUUUAUUUCUGUGGAAAAAAAAAAUGUUGCUACUUGGAAAUCAAAUACAUUUUAUUCUGCUGGGAAAAAUUACUUACUACAUAUGUGCAAUGAUCUCCUAAGAAGAUGAUCUAAAUCCCAGAAUACAGUCUUCUGUGGACCAAUUCAGCUCUUUUUGGCUAGGCUUUUCCCUCUAUCUCAGAAAUCAGGUCUUAACUUGCAGAGUCAGUUUAAUCUGGAAAAUGUCAUUGUUUUCAAUACCAAUGAGCAGGAAAGCACCCUGGGUCAGAAGCACACUGAAGAUAGAGAAGAAGGAAUGGAUGUAGAAGAAGGUGAAAUGGGAGAUGAGGAAGCUCCAACAACAUGCUCUAUUCCAGUUGAUUGCAACCUGUAUCCAAAAUUCUGGUCACUUCGAGAUUACUUCAGGAACCUUGUGCAAUGCUAUGAGAAGAUUUCAUGGAAAACUUUUCUCAAUUAUUCUGAAGAAGUUUUAGUUGUUUUUAACAGUUACAAAUCAGAUGAUACUCAGUCCUCAAGAAAAAAGAUGGAAGAAUUGAAAACAGGAGGAGAGCCUGUAUAUUUUGCAAAAUUUUUAACAAGUGAAAAGCUGAUGGAUUUACAACCGAGUGACAGUAACUUUGGUUGACACAACCUGUUGCAGUAUCUCAUUUUAUUCCUAUAUCUCAAAGGGCAGGUCAAAUUCAAAAGUUCAAACUAUGUUUUAACUGAUGAACAAUGACUUUGGAUUGAAGAUACUACAAAAUCAGUUUAUCAACUACUAUCUGAAAACCCCCUGAUGGAGAAAGAUUUUCAAAGAUGGUAGAGCAUAUAAUAAACACUGAAGAAAGCUGGAAUUCAUGGAAAAAUGAAGGUUGCCCAAAUUUUGUGAAAGAAAGAAAAUCGGAUACAAACCUAUGAGAAUAAUUCAAGAAAGAACAACACCUGAGGACUUCCUAGGAAAAGGAGCCAGCAAAAAAAUUCUGAUGGGAAAUGAGGAGUUAAUAAGGCUUUGGAAUCUUUGUCCUGAUAAUAUGGAAGCCUGUAAAUCAGAGACAAGGGAAUAUACACCCACUUUGGAGGAAUUCUUUGAAGAAGCCAUUGAACAGGCGGACCCUGAAAAUGUGGUUGAAAAUGAAUAUAAGGCUGUGAACAAUUCAAAUUAUGGUCGGAGAGCCCUGAGACUAUUAGCACGGAGAAGUCCUCACUUCUUCCAACCAACCAACCAGCCGUUUAAAAGUUUGCCAGAAUACCUUGAAAAUAUGGUAAUAAAGCUAGCCAAGGAAUCACCGCCUCCUUCUGAAGAAAUAAAAACAGGUGAGGAUGAAGAUGAGGAAGAUAAUGAUGCUUUACUGAAGGAAAAUGAAAAUCCUGAUGUUUGGGGAGACAAACCUGUAACAGGGGAACAAAUAGAAGUAUUUGCCAACAAGCUGGGUGAACAAUGGAAGAUUCUGGCUCCCUACUUGGAAAUGAAAGACUCAGAAAUUAGGCAGAUUGAGUGUGACAGUGAAGACAUAAAUAUGAGAGCUAAACAGCUCCUGGUUGCCUGGCAAGAGCAAGAGGGAGUUCGUGUGACACCUGAGAAUCUGAUUAAUGCACUGAAUAAGUCUGGAUUAAGUGACCUUUCAGAAAGUCUAACUAAUGACAAUGAGACAAAUAGUUAGAUUCUUUUUUUUUCUUUUUAUUAAAACUGUGAUAAGAUUUUGUUACCAAGCAGCAUUUGAUAAGAGGUCCAUUGGUUUUAGUAAACAAUAAACAUUUGUAUAACAACAA